AUGAUUACUCUUCAAUCUCACAAUCAGGUGUUAUACCAUCUAACACAGCUGACAUUGGCAAUAACUCCUAGAACAUCAUACUCGACCCAAGUUAAGAAACAAGAUGAACAUAAAACUAUGGAUAAUAUUUGUCCAGAUAGCCUGGAAGAGGCAACAAGGAGUUGUUCACAGAUGCUAGAAGUAGUUCCAUUAACUACUUUAACUUCGUUGAAAAUAAAAGGAAAUAGGAUGUGCAUAAUGCUGGAUAAUGUAGCCCUUAAUUUAUUUAGAAGACCUUUGGAAGAAAAUAAUAAAUGGAAAAUGUCUUAUUUAUCUGGCCUAAGCUUUACUGCAAACAAACAAGGCUUUCCAAAUCAUUCAUUGCAAAAACCCAUUAUCUUAUCUGUCACUCACUUAGCAUCAAAGCAACGUAGACUGUUACAUACGUGGUAUGCCAAAACACCACAUAAUAAUACGCAAAUUCGGACCUUCAAGUCCCAACGUAGCAUAAAAAUGGAACUAGAACAAAAUCCGACAUUUAUAAGCAGGAUAAAGAAGUGGCUUGGUCUGACUAAUAUUCAACUGAAUUUGAUGCACGAGUCGAAAAAUUCGGAUUAUGAAAAACUGAAACAGGUCUUCAACAAUACUGAGGCAACAGUGGACGAACAGAAAAGGAUAAAAGUUGCCUUUGUAGAAGGCUACGAAUCCGGACUGCAGCGUCAGAUGCGAGGUCGAACAAUGUGGUUGAAAGUUUUGCAAAAUAUAUUAAUUUUCUCCACAGUUAUCUUUUUACUCUGGAUUUAUCUUUCCUAUCCAGGAAGUGGGAUAUUCAAGCUUCCUAUGAGUCACAGAAUCGAAAUCGACCCCGAAGACAUCCAUGUUACUUUUAACGAUGUUAAAGGGGUGGACGAAGCGAAACAAGAGCUCUUGAAUGUGGUGGAAUUUUUGAAGAAUCCUGGAAAAUUUUCCGCCUUAGGUGGAAAAUUGCCAAAAGGAGUAUUGUUAGUCGGUCCACCGGGAACAGGAAAAACAUUAUUGGCGCGCGCAGUCGCUGGAGAAGCUGGUGUACCGUUUUUCCAUGUGGCAGGUCCUGAAUUUGAUGAGAUCCUGGUUGGUCAAGGUGCUCGACGUGUUCGAGAUUUGUUUAGAGCGGCAAAGGAAAAAACGCCAUGUGUUGUGUUCAUCGAUGAGAUUGACUCCGUGGGUGCGAAGAGAACAAAUUCCGUCCUUCACCCUUACGCAAAUCAGACGAUCAAUCAAUUGCUUUCUGAAAUGGAUGGUUUCCGCCAAAACGAAGGUGUCAUAGUUCUCGGUGCCACGAAUAGACGUAAGGAUCUUGAUAAGGCGCUGAUGCGCCCUGGUCGCUUUGACGUUGAAAUUUACGUCAACAAACCUGAUUACUCUGGCCGCAAGGAGAUACUGGACCUUUAUCUGGCCAAGAUAUUAACACACGACGUUGAUACCGUUUAUCUAGCACGAUGCACCACGGGUUUCACGGGAGCUGAUCUUGAAAAUAUGAUAAAUCAAGCUGCGUUACGCGCAGCAAUUGAUGAGGCGGAAUAUGUAACUAUGAAACAUCUGGAAUAUGCUAGAGAUAAAGUUUUAAUGGGUCCUGAAGGCAAACUAAAAUUGCGCGACGAAGAAGUUAAUCGUAUUACGGCGUAUCACGAAGCAGGACAUGCUCUAGUAGCAUUUUUCACAAAAGAUGCUACGCCGCUUCAUAAAGUUACUAUCGUGCCACGAGGACCGUCAUUAGGUCACACUUCUUACAUGCAUGAGAAGGACGUUUAUCAUGUUACAAAGUCCCAGUUGCUAGCUAAUAUGGACGCGAUGAUGGGCGGUAGAGCAGCAGAAGAGAUAAUAUUCGGACCAGAGAAAGUAACAACCGGAGCUUCUUCUGAUUUGGCUGAGGCGACGAAAAUCGCGGAAACUAUGGUGAAGAAUUACGGAAUGUCAGAGAAAGUUGGAUUUAGAUCAAUAUUAGAAAAUAAGAAGUUGUUUAGUAAUGAAAAUACGUACGCGCCCAGUACGAAUGAGACUAUUGACAACGAAGUGAAACAGCUUUUGCAGGAAUCAUAUGAGCGAGCGAAAGCGAUUUUGAAAGCUCACGCGAAGGAGCACAAACAACUAGCGGAAGCCUUAUUACAAUACGAAACGUUGAAUGCAGAUGAUGUGGCUGCUAUAGCGAAUGAAAUCGGGCUCAACAAACGAGAAUCAUCUAAAGAUCCUAAGAAAGUAACACGAAGAUCUUAAUCCAAGUGUGAUUACUUGGAUAAAACAUUAAGGAGGGUUUUAGUUGAUAAAUUUUCGACAUCAACGAUUUGUGUUACAUAAUUUCAUUUUAAUUAAUUUUUGGAAUACACUUUGUACAACCUUAUAUGUAUUUCAUAUAUCAGUCUUUUUCGAAUGUAAAUAUGAAGGCAAUAGCAAAAUUUGUAAAUCAUAUUAAAAAGAAAUUAUAUAA